AUGGCUCUGUUCGUCCCUCUCUUACUCGUGCUACUCUUGGCCUCCGGUGGUGGUCAAGCCAACACUGAUGAGCUAUCAACAUCGCGCCGUGCUGUUCCGGGGCCGUCACCGCCGAAGGGUUACGAACCCCCUGAGGGACCACCGGCAGCAACGACCGGCGGUCAUGGGACGAUCAAGAUUGGUCCAUGCUUCCCCAACAAUGGCACUGGCAAUGCCCUCUCCUGCCUCGAGCUGUGCACGAGCAAAGGCUAUACUGGCGGGCAUUGUGAUGUCCUGCCUGGCGACCUGCCUGGCGACUGCUACUGCUUCACUUCUUGA